AUGUUGUCUGUGGCUCUUUUGCAGAGAAAACCAAAGAUUUCUGCGUCUCGCAGACUUGCUCUAAAGACCAAAUUACUGAAAAUGGCGACUGGGAUGUUGGAGAAGGAGAGGGAGGACAAGAAGCAUGAGAGAGAAGCGAUGCUGAGCGAGAGACUUCCUCCACUUCAGCUCUCUGGCUUGUCCCUUCAGGACCUGCAGGCUUUGUGCAAAGAACUUCAUCACAAAAUCGAUGUGACAGACGAGGAGCGCUACGACAUUGAAGCUAAAGUGUUGAAGAAUGACAAAGAGAUUGAAAAUUUGGCUUCCAAAGUCAUGGAGCUGAAGGGCAAGAUGAAGCGCCCGGCUCUGAAGCGGGUCAAGAUCUCAGCUGAUGCCAUGCUGGGAGCUCUGCUGGGAGCAAAGGUCAAGGAGUCGGUGGACUUCAAAGCCAACCUGAAGACAGUAAAGAAAGAGGAGGAGAAGAAGGAGGAAGUGACCGACUGGCGUAAGAACGUGGAAGCCAUGUCAGGGAUGGAGGGCAGGAAGAAGCUCUUUGAUGCAGGACAGUAAAACCCGAAUGCUGGUUGAGCAGUGAUUCACUUGGGAUGGGAGGAAACCAUUUGAUCGAUAUUACUGUACUUCUUCUCUCUAAUUCUGUAAAUAUGAAACACAGUUUUAAGAUCCAAAUGUGACACCAGCAGGAGAAACUUGCCGCGCCUUGAUAGAGUUGCUGUCUUUAUGUGUUAUUAGACAUGAAUGUAAAUGCUUCAAUACUCUCAGAAUUAAUUAUUUAAUACUUGCAUUUUUAUCAUAGGAGCAUCUUUAUUCAUACACGAUAAGGUUAGUGGUUGUUGACAGCAGCCGUUGAGAACCAAGCCGUAGAAUCAUCGUCAAUCAGAAGAGCCUAAACAUCCCUUUGCCACCUUCCAAAAUAAGAGCUCACAGGAUCAGAGCUGCAGUAAACUGCCUAAUAAAGACAAGCCAGAGUGACAGAACACACGAACCACUUCAGAUCGCUCUAUGGUAACAAGACAGUAAGCUAUCAGCCACAACAUUGUUGUAAGUUGAAUAUACACUCUAGUUCCUGAUCCGAUCUGUAGGACCGUACACUUCCCUCAGACUUCACGUAACAAAACAUCACCGCAGCAUCUGACUUGACCUCUCAGACCUGGCGGAUGCUGCUUUAUUGAA